GAAACUGAUUUAGUUUAUUUUGUGGCAGAAGAUUUAUUGGUUGCUGAUUGGUUAUUGGACCAUAAACUGGACAAUUAGUGGCCUCUUUCUGGAGCUAAGCUUUUAAUAGAUGGAAAUUCAUGUUUGUGUUCAGUAAGCACUUUAUCAGUGGGCAACUGACUGUUUUUUAUGACCAACUGCAAGUUGGAAGCAGACUGGCUUUUUUCAGUUCCUCCUGAUCCUCCAGCAUGGGAAAAGCAGCUCUGGACCGUGUUAACCUGAAGGGCCGCAGCUUUCUAACACUGAAGGAUUUUAAUGCAGAGGAAAUUAAACAUAUCCUGUGGGUUUCUGCUGACCUUAAGAAUCGAAUAAAGCACAGGGGCGAGUAUGUCCCAUUACUUCAAGGCAAAUCUAUUGCCAUGAUAUUUGAGAAGCGGAGCACUAGGACCCGCAUGUCCACUGAGACAGGGUUUUCUCUGUUGGGUGGCCAUCCAUGUUUUCUCACACACCAGGAUAUUCAUCUAGGAGUCAAUGAGAGCACCACAGACACGGCCAGGGUGCUCUCUGGUUUGGCAGAUAUCGUGUUAGCGCGGGUGUAUAGUCACUCAUCUCUGGAGCACCUGGACAAAGAUGCUUCUAUACCAAUCAUCAAUGGCCUGUCUGACCUCUACCACCCUAUACAGAUUCUGGCUGACCUACUGACACUACAGGAGCACUAUGGCUCAUUAAAAGGCCUCACUUUAGCUUGGAUAGGUGAUGGAAACAACGUUCUUCACUCCUUUAUGAUGUCACUGGCUAAACUAGGUGUCAAUCUAAAAGUGGCCACACCCAAGGGUUAUGAGCCAGAUGCUAAUGUCACUCAAGAGGCCCAGCUUCUGUCGAAGCAGUUUGGUACCAAGUUGCAAUUCCUGACGGAUCCCAUGGAGGCAGCACGGGACAGUAGUGUGCUGGUUACUGACACUUGGGUGAGCAUGGGCCAAGAGGAGGAGAAGAAGAGGAGACUAAAAGAUUUCCAUGGUUACCAGAUCACCAUGCAGACAGGAAGUGUGGCUGCACCAGACUGGACAUUUCUGCACUGUCUCCCACGUAAAGCAGAGGAAGUAGAUGAUGAAGUUUUCUACUCACCACGUUCCCUUGUGUUCACAGAGGCUGAAAACCGCAAGUGGACCAUUAUGGGUUUAAUGGUGUGUAUCCUGACAGACUAUAAGCCACGAAUUCCCAAACUCAAAUUUUAAACAAACGUGGUGGAAAAACACUGACAAAAGAAGGCUGUCAUCUAUCUGCUUUUGCAAGAUAACAUUAUAAUUUAUCAUAUUUAGAACUCUUGGCCAA